AUGAUAUCAGACAUGCCUAAUAACAAGGCAUCAGUGUAUGAUGACUAUGAUAUCACUGAUAUAAUAGGAGAAGGUACAUUCUCAUCUGUUACACUAGCAACUCACAAGAGAACAAAAGAGAAAUAUGCGAUCAAGAUCAUAGAUAAAGCAUGUAUAAACAACAGUCAACGAAGAGAGAUGGUUGAUUGGGAGAUAUCAAUCCUACGAAGGUGUAACCAUCCCAACAUUGUUGAGUUUUACGAGGUCUUUGAGUCCGACGAGGACAUUUGUUUGGUACUCGAAUGGGUUCCAAAUGGAGAUCUAUUUGAUAGAAUAGUUAAAGAAGGAGUUUUCACAGAGGAGGAAUCACGGCAAACGAUGAUGUCGAUAUUCUCCGCUGUGGAGUAUUUACACGACCGCUCAUUGGUCCACCGCGACUUGAAACCCGAGAACAUAUUGGUUGGCUCUGGUGGCGUAAAGCUAGCAGACUUUGGUCUUUCAAAAUAUUAUGAAGAGGCUGUUGGAAUGGAGUCGGCAUGCGGCACACCGGCAUACAGCGCACCAGAGAUCAACAACAACCAGGUCUACAGGAAGGGUGUGGACAUGUGGAGCUGUGGAUGUAUCCUGUACUUCAUCUUGUUUGGCAAGCCACCAUUCUAUGACAACGACGAACAAAAGAUAUAUGAUCUCGUGUCACAAGGACGAUGGACAUUCCCAAAGAACUCGAGUGAGGUCAGCGAUGACGUCAAGGACAUGAUCAGGGGACUGCUGGAACACGACCCCUCGAAGCGCUUCACAGUCAAGACUGCGAUGGCUCACCGUUGGAUCACGCAGACCGAUUCCUCGCCGAUGCCCUCUCCAUUCAUCCAAUCCACACCCACCUCCUCGACCCAGACUACACCAAGAGCAAUCACAUUGUCCAACAAUGGUUCCUCGGUCAAACUGCGCAUCUCCAAUUCAUCAGCGCCCAUCCCCAUCAAGAAACAAAGUCUAUUGCGUUCCUCGUUGAACUCAUCAAUCGAAGCAUUCCGUGGACCGCUUACACCUCCUUUUUCCUCACUUGAAGAAGGCUCAUAA